AUGUCGGUCAGAAUGGCUCCUCUUCUUCCUCUGAUCUUUCUGCUCAUGAUUCACGGGGUUUCUAGUGCUGGUUGGGGUGUGAGUUACAGUCAUUCACACAUCUGUGCACUAAAGAACUCAUCAGUGAUAAUGAGCUGCACAUACACAUACCCUACUGGAUAUAAGAUUGAGAAAGUGUUCUGGACAAAUAGCUAUUCAUCUCCAGACCCUCCUGAUCUCUUCAUAGACCCUGAAUACAGUCAGAGGCUUCAGUAUCUGGGAGACAAACAGCAGAACUGCACCAUUAGAAUGAGUCAUGUGACACAGAAGGACCAAAACAUGUACUAUUUCAGGUUCAUCUCAAAUAAAUCUGAUGGAAAAUGGACUGGUUAUCCAGGAGUGAUUCUUAAUGUCACAGAUCUUCAGGUGGAGGCUCCCAAGAGAGUGACAGAGGGCCAUAAUGUCAAUCUGACAUGUAAAAGCAGCUGCACUCUGGCUGACAGAGCAACAUUCAUCUGGUACAGAAACUCCCAGCCAUUAACUGAGAGAAGAGACAGAAACAAUCAACUCCUGCUGCAGUCAGUCAGAAGAGAGGAUGCAGGCAGAUACAGCUGUGCUCUGCAUGGACACAGUUACAUCUCUCCUGCUGCUCAGCUCAGUGUCACCUAUCCUCCAGAGAAUCCUGUGAUCUUCAUCAGCCCAUCUGUAAUAGUGGAGGGAGAUUCAGUGACUCUGAGCUGCAGCAGUGAUUCAAACCCUCCUGCAGGAAUCAGCUGGUUUAAAGGAGGAACGUUUGUAGGAUCUGGAAGAAUCUACAACAUCUCAAAUAUCAGCUCUGAGCACAGUGAAGAAUACAAGUGCAAAUCCAUCAAUGAACAUGGAGAGAAAGACUCUGCUGCUGUAGCUUUAAACGUCAAGUACUCUCCCAGGAACGUCUCAGUGUCUAUAACUGGAUCUGGUCUAAUAGUGGAGGGAGAUUCAGUGACUCUGAGCUGCAGCAGUGAUUCAAACCCUCCUGCAGAAAUCAGCUGGUUUAAAGAGAAUCAAAGCUCAGCUGUUGGAUCUGGACAGAGUUUCAGUGCACUACAGACUGGACGCUUCUACUGUGAGGCUCACAAUCAACAUGGAUCUCAGAGAUCAGACGCUGUUACUGUCACUGUUGAAGGUGGAUGA